AUGGAUGGAGGACAGCCUGUCCCUUCACCCCUGGUACCCCUUGGGAAUGGAUCAGAUUAUAGCAUGUCUCUGGAACAGAAAACAACAUUUGUUUUUGUGAUUCUGUUGUUCAUCUUUUUGGGCAUCCUCAUCGUCAGGUGUUUCCGGAUUCUUCUAGAUCCAUAUCGGCCAACCUCAACCUGGGCUGACGGGCUUGAAGGUCUAGAGAAAGGGCAGUUUGACCAUGCCCUUGCUUAA